AUGUAUUUUCCUUCUCUGUCUGUGUCGUGUCCUUGCCUCAGGAAUCUGUCGUACGGCCGGCAGAACGACGAGAACAAGAAGUGCAUAAUGGCAGCUGGCGGCGUGGGGAUGUUGGUGCGCCUGCUGCUGAAGACGCCCGACAACGAGGUGCGCGAGCUGGUGGCUGGCACCCUGUGGAACCUGUCGUCGUGCGAGGAACUCAAGCGACCCAUCAUUGACGACGCCCUGGCCGUGCUCGUCAACCAAAUCGUGAUCCCGUGUUCCGGCUGGGACGCCCGCGGUACCGGCCCGGCCGCCCCGUCCUUUCCCGAUCUCUACCUCUCAACUGUGUUCCGCAACGCGACCGGCGUUCUCCGAAAUGUGAGCUCUGCCGGGGAGUAUGCCAGAAAGAAGCUCCGUGAGUGCGACGGGCUGAUCGACUCCUUGCUAUACAUUGUUAAAAGCGCAAUCGGGAAGGCGAACAUUGACAACAAGAGCGUGGAGAAUUGCGUUUGUGUGCUCCGGAACUUGUCGUAUCGGUGCCAGGAAGUGGAAGAUCCGAAUUACGACAAGGUUCCUCCACCGGCAACAUCCACAUCCAGCGGGCCGACACGAGCCAACGCUAGUAAAGCGACGGACGAGAGUGCCGGUUGUUUUGGUGGCAACAAGAAGAAGAAGGAUGGGUUCGGGGGCACGAUGCAGCGGGACGCGAGUGGCCCGAUCCAGCGGCAGCGGAACGAGAACGUGCGCGGCAUGGAGCUCCUGUGGCAGCCGGAAGUGGUGCAGCCGUACCUGAGCCUGCUAUCUGACUGUUCGAACGCGGAGACGUUGGAGGCGUCGGCGGGUGCGAUCCAGAACCUGUCGGCCUGCUACUGGCAACCCAGUCUGGACGUCCGGGCAGCUGUCAGAAAGGAGAAGGGCUUGCCGAUUCUCGUCGAGCUAUUGCGGAUGGAGGUGGACCGGGUCGUGUGUGCAGUGGCCACUGCCCUGAGGAAUCUCGCGAUUGAUGAGAGAAAUAAGGAGCUUAUUGGCAAAUACGCGAUGAGGGACUUGGUGCAGAAGCUUCCUUCAGGAAACCCACAGCAGGAUCAAGGAACUUCAGACGACACCAUUGCGGCAGUUCUUGCUACGCUAAACGAGGUUAUCAAGAAGAACGCCGACUUUGCAAGAUCGCUCUACGAGUGCGGUGGAGUGGACCGGCUGGCAAAUAUCACGCGACAGCGACAGAAGUACAACGCGAGAGUAAUAAAAUUCGCCAGCCAAGUGCUGUACACGAUGUGGCAACAUCAAGAGCUACGCGAAGUGUACAAGAGUGGGAAAUGGAAGGAGUCGGACUUCGUUACUCGCACUAUCGCCGCCCAAAAGGCGGCUGCAUCUACGAGACCCGGAUCGCCAAAUUCCGUGGCCGCUGGGGGCGCUGUUGGAGCGAAUUCCACUCUCAAUCGACCCAUGGCGAGUCAAGGCGGCACAAGAUACGAAGAUCGCACAAUUCAGCGCCAGCCGCAGGUCAACAGCUCGGGUUACUCAAUGGAGCUGAGGGACAUGAGUUACCCGGACGGAGCUCAAAUGCUCAUCCAUCCGCACGCUGGACGUGCAUUUCCGUCUGGUGCUUCGCCUGGCAUGGCAAAACCCGGCGAGCCGUUGUACGCUCAAGUGAACCGAGAAAAGAAGAAGAAUCGUCAGUUCGACGCGAGUGGCGCUCCGCCAGGCAGCUACAUCGCGGGUCCUGGUGGGCACCAGCUUGCCCCGCACCCCUACGACGGCUCCGGCCCGGGCCCCGGGGACAGCAUUCUAAUGGACGGUCGUGGAGCUCCUCAGGAACCUGCGGGCGAUUCCUGGGUCUGAGAAGAAAUAGAAGCAAACUUUCAAAGAAAACAAAAGAAACAAAAAAAGAGAAAAAGAGAAUCUUUCAAAGAGUUAUGCGAACAAAAUCCUCUGUCUUUUUUUCCCCCUUGGAGAUUAAUUAUGACGUGGUGAGAGAAGAAGAUGGUGGAGCGGUCAAGAAAUCUUUUGGUUAAUUUUCUGUUUUUUUGUCAAUCUAUAAAUCAUGGUUUUUUAAAUAUUAAGUGAUUUAUGAUUCCUAUAGAAGCGGGACUUCAUAUAGCUUGUCAAUUUUGCCACUUCGAACAUAUGGCAGUGCUUUGGUACCAAGUUCCACCUGUUGAUCGAAGUUAGAUUCAUGGCAGUGGUUUCCACCAUUUUCAUUAUGUCUAGGCAACCCUCUGUAUGGAAUUUCUCAACUUCUUUUGGAAAUUGAAAGAAAUUUAAUUCUGCUUCAGUUUCCAGUAUUUAUUUAUUGAUUUAUUUUUCACUUUUGUACCACUGGAUUUUUUCUAAGCCUAACUUUUACCGUGCUGACAUCUCUUCUACCUCUGCUGAAGAGGGUGCCUGUGUUUCACUAGUUGGAAAGCUGUUGUCUUAAACCUAAAUGGAUGAGAACUUCGAUUCUGCUGAGAAUUUCGUUAAGUUUGGUUCCACGUAAGGCAAAAAUUAUUGGCAAAAAGGUGGGAGUAUUUUCCAAAAGUUUUCUUGGUCUUUUAUGAAGCCGAUUAAUCAUAACCUGUUAUCUCCUAUUUCCUGCUAUGAUAUGGGGGAUGAAUCUCAAAGUCGAAGAAAUAAGGAUUUUGGAUCUUUUGGACAAUUGUGUGCCGGAUUUUUUUUUAAAUUUUUUGCUGGAUUUUGAAGCAAGUCAUUCGCGUUUCCCUGAAGUAAUUCCAAUCGCUGCUCGUUGACUGUCUUUGAUUGGUUUGUAUUUGAGGAGAGGUUUGCUUGUUACGCAUGUGCUCCGGGCUGUGUUGGUGAUUUUUUGGCUUGUUUUUUGCUUGUUUGAUUUAUUAUCAUUGUAAUUUUUGGGUUCCGAGUGAUUAUUGACCUCUGGUUUUCGGUCUAUUUGGGUUCCCAACGCUGCUGAUAGGUUGAAUUUUGGCUGGAAAGAGUUUUUCGUUCGGAUUUGAGGCGGAGGGUCGGGAUGUUUUGAAACUUGUGAUCUGCAUGGUGUUGGGAUGCUUGUUGGGAGGGACAUUUUGAGGCAAACAUUCCGAACAUCUCUUCCACCGAGGCUGCUCAUUGUUCUUCUUGUCUCAAUUUCUAACCUUGGUUCUUUCGCGGAGGGAAAAAAAGAAGCAGGCGAGGUAUUGAGCAGCAGGAGAAAGUCUUUCUUUUGAUAUCCGGCCAUUGAUUCUAGAGAACAUUUGCUCCACUUUUUGAAGCCAUAGAUGUGAUUAGAGAGGAUUUUAGGUACAUGCCGCUAUUCCUGUUCACCCACUCAGCCUCAAAGCUCGAUUUCAAGGAUGCUCCGCGACCUGUCAGCAAUAAUGUCUCUUUGGGGAUGAGAAUUUGCUUGCGUAUAUUUUAACACGCGUUUUGAUUUUACUGUUUCGUGCUCGUGUUUGUUUUGUUAUUCACGCGAUGCGUGCAGCUGGGAAACGUUCCAGACACGGGCGCCAUUGCGGUUCCCGUAAUAUCAUAAUCAAGUGUUUGAAGGAAAGCGAAACGAAAUAUUGCAAAUGUGUUCUGGGAUUAUGGAAAAUGCCGGAAGAAAAAGAAAGAAAUCGUAGUGUCGGAAAUAUUUGCGCGAUUUGGGGAUGGAUCAGAAAGGGAACUGUAUUGCGGAGCAUUUGUGGAAGGAGAA